AGUGGCAAGAGCUACCCUGUCUAGGUAGAAGCUUUGGAGAGACGUUUAUUUCAAGGUAUUAUAAAAGAUUUUAUUAUGUUCAUUUUAAAUUUGUGGUAACUGAUACAGCUGUAACGCGAAAAUAUAUUAAACAGCAUAUUUGUGCUGUGUAGUGGACAAUUUUGGCAACUGAUAUGCACCGGCAAUUAAGUUGCCCAAACCACGAGAAACAGUCUUCUUCGAAAAUUACUGAACCUUCAGAUUUUUAUAUACGAUGUUGUAGUUUGAUAUAAAUACCAGUUGGCCACCAUUUUCUGUUUCAUAAUACUACUUAAUAAAUUAAAGUGUUUUCUAUUAUAUUAGUAUACCUUCAGAGUAAAACCUUUUUAAGCUAGAGCUAUAUCAUGGUUUUGAAUCAUCUAAGCCACUGGCCACUGAUGGCAAUGUAAUUAUAAUGUGUAGAUUAUAGAUUGUAGAUUGUAAAUUGUAUAGAAACAUCAAGAUCGAAAUUAAUUAUACCAACUUCUGUUGAAGCAAGGUUCAUAGGAUAAAUAAGAUCAGGUUUAGAGACUGUAGCAUUUUCUCUACAAAUUGCACGAGUAACACCAAAUUCUCUUAGUAAAGGAAAUGAAGCAUUAUUGAUGCUGUUUUAUGUUGGUAUUAAUUCAUUCAUUUUUGGGGAAAAUUAUUAAUCAUAUGCAGUGAUGAAAUGACACCGAAGCCCAAUAUUUAAAGUACAUGCUAUUUAUCUGACAGAACUAAUUUCCCCGUCUUUUAAAGAUGCUAAAAUGAUAAUAAAUAAUUUGGGUCAUUCCGAAAAAGAUCCAUACCCCGCCGGAAGAAAUGGAAUAUACCGCCUCCCCUCUCCUCCUGUCAUCCCUGAACAGUUUACCCCUUCUCCCCUUCCCCGGACUUCAAAGCCUAGAAAUAUCCCCUCCCCUUCGGACAUCCAUCAUUACAUUAAAAGAACAGGUGCAAAAAUAACCUCAAAUUAGUUACUGCAGCACUACAGCGUAUUUUUUACUGAACAAUAUAAUUGUAGCAACAUACUACUACUAGUUAACAUUGUACUAACAAUUUAUUCAUCAAACAGAUAUUUUAACAAGAUUCGCUCUAACAAGAUUCGAUACUGAGAUUCAAAACUCGACCGGUACAAUAAAUGAAUAUAGAAAGUUUUGGAGCAAAAAAGCGGAUAUCAAAACGAGGAUAUCAAAAGUGCAGAGAGAAGUCUUACAAAAACUCGACUGGAAAUUAUUGACAUCCGAAAGAGAAUGCGAGCAGUUCCUGCUGACGUGAAAGAAAAGAUAAAGAAGCUUGAAGGCAAGAUUUUACCACGCCAGGGCUGCAGUCCAAGCUUCAGAAGAAUCACUGCCAAACAGAAGAAAAGAAAUUUAAUUAUCUCAAAAAAUUCUACUUUGCCUCCGGAACUAACAACAGCUGAAUUACAUGAAAAAGAAAACCCCGGAAAAUCUUUUCAGCGCGAUUGAAGAUGGGGGAACUAGCCGAAGAAAUCAACCACGAUCAUUUUUUUGCACACUGAACUUAUAUGCAUGGACUGUAGUUGUGCUAUCACGUAGCAUGUUUUUGUGUCAAAGUUGUUUUGUUUUAAUCAUCAUCUAUAGUAAAGUUACUUAGAAAACCGCUUUUAACACAGGUAUAGAAUAAUGGUAACGACAUUAAACGCCAGACAAUAAUUAUACUCGUCAUGAUCAAGGAAAGAGCUUUGCCACUCAAUGGGUUAACCCGCUAUGGCAUGCAUUAAGUGGCAGCAUUCCCUCCUUGCCUUGAUGAAUAAAAUUGUCGGGCAUUACACAGUAAGAAAUAGAGUAGGGCGCAUUGCUACUUAAAGGGUAAACUAGACUCAUAUUAACCCUGUCCAUGCAUCAUGUUAACCCCUCAUGUGGCAAUGCACCCUCAGGGUAAGGGUAUAAAUAAGAGCUUUAUUAGCAUGACGAUAAUUUACAGUAUUGCUAAAGCAUUUUAGAAAUGUUACAUCAAUAUAGAUCUAUAUAUAAAAAAGAACUAUAAGGAACCUAUUUACAAAUAAUGACAAAGCUUAUGUUUAGUUAUAACGCUCUUCUGGGGGUAUAUUUUGGUAGUGCCCGAGUUCGAUUUAAAGGUUACGGUUGCUAUAACUCUGAAACGUGUUAAGCAUUUUCUUUUGUCUGGAUCUUUUGCAAUUGAUAAGUAUUUUUCGAGUUCGUAAUCGGUUUUGAAGGUAGAAUAGAAAGUUAAUUUGGAUGAGUUUUCAAGGUUAUGUUUCCAAAAUAUUAAGUAUUUUUCUUCAAGGUGUUUGGUAAUAUGGCUUUGAUAUGUUCAGAUGUUACGGAUUCCAAGUCAGGG